UGUCGUGAGUUGGAAAACAGUCCCUGUUUACUUUUACCAUACCGGCUCUGCGGAAAUGCCGAAAGAUAAAGAAGACAGGACGACCCAGACGUAUGCAGCCCUGGGUGUAGGGUUUGUGUGUGUUGUGAUAGGCCUGCCGUUGUGGUGGAAAACUACAGAAGUCUACCGUGUCAGUCUGCCUUAUGGAGACAUUGCAGAUCUUUCAAAUACCAAGGUUAAGUACACAGUAGAUGUGGCUAUUAUCAAUGGAGACCAGUCCCUGUCCGAGAAUCACAUUACACAACUGUCUCGUCUGGUGUCGGACAAACUUGAGACAAGUGAAGAUGCUGUAGCACCCUAUUACCGUCUAAAUGUCAGAGAUGUUACGGAGAAAGAGCUGGCCAAGGUCAAGGCCAUGACUUCUUUAUCAAAUACAGAUAGUCAGUUUCCGUCUGGAGAAGAUGACGUCAACAGAUACCAGGUGGUGAUUGUUCCAAAGUUGUCUCCCCUGUCAUUACAGAAACCAUACCUCAGUCUUGGUAGGACAGUAUUGAUACAGUCUACAGGAUCUACAGAUAUACCUGGUCUUGCCGAUAAAAUAUCAACAGUAAUUCAGAAAAGUUUGAUCAAGGAGACAUCACUUAGUAAAAUUUUCCACGAUGGAAAAGGUACUGGGGACAGAACCCUUAAGCCAGAGAAGUCCAGUAUGAGGUCAGUACGGUCAAAUCCAGGCUAUGACAUCACCUUCACACUGGUCAAUCCUCAGCCAGACAUACUCGAUGUCCAUUGGGAUAUAGAGCAAGCUGUCAAAGAUUACCUGGAUCCCUUUCUACAACAGUUACAGAGAUAUGCCAAGAUCAACGUUCAAUCUCAGGUUUUAUAUUUUACUGGGUUUCUGAAGAGAAUGAGGAGAGAUGACGGUAAGCAGGCAUAUCUCUACACAGACAAGGACCUUCCUCAUGUCAUCAACCCACUGGAGGCAAAACUAGGGUCGCACACCUCUAACAACCCAGCACUAAACUUCCUUGUCUACGUACCGAGUCGGGACCAGCAUCCGAUCUAUAUUGUUGACAGUAAAGGUGUAGAAGUGCAGUCCAACUCGUUCCUGAGCCCCCAGUGGGGUGGUAUCUACAUUCAGAAUGCCCCCAGUCCCUCAGAAAAUGAUACCCUACCUGUUACCAUGGAGCUUGACAUGCGCCGUGUCAUGGAAGUGUUUAUCUCACAGCUUCGUCUCCUCCUCAACUUCCAGUCACAGAAAAAUGGUGACACUCUUGUGGCUGAUGUAGGCAGUCGAGUCAUUUCUAAGUGGGAACUAGACGGCUGGCUGAGAAGUCGUUGUCUGGAGAACCUGGGGACGUCCAUAGCCACCCUGCAGUCCCUGGCUCAGCUGUUAGGGGAGAUAAGUAACAUCGUAAUCCAGGACGACAUCGGGGAACAGGUUCAGGAUGCAGUCAACAGCAUCCAGGAGAGUCAGCGCCACCUAGUGGAGGGCAGACUGGAGAAAGCUUUCCUUGAAUCUCGUAAUGCUAUUGUGUGUUCAGAAAAGGCGUUUUUUGACCCGUCUCUACUGGAGCUGCUGUAUUUCCCCGAGGAUCAAAAAUUUGCUAUCUACAUUCCACUGUUCCUCCCUAUAAGCCUACCAGUGCUUGCCUCCCUUUGGAAAGCUUUUAAGUGGAUGAAAGAGGAGAGAAAACAGAAGACAGAGUAACGCUGGAGACCAUGUUUAAACUGUCCUGUACACUGAAUUAAGAUCUGAGGGAAACCAUCACUAUGCAUUCCAAAUACAUUUCACAUACUUUGAAUUUUUACAACGAUCAUGCAAAUUACAGUCAUACAUAGUUGGGUGGAUUUGGGGAUAAAGUAUAUUUAUCACUUGUUUUACAUGUGUGAUACGUUUUGCAUGUGUUAUAUAUACUGAGAGCUGUGGAAAGGCCAGGAGUUCUUAAAGUGAUCGUUCAGUUGCCCUAACAUCAUAUGUUACAUUGUAAUGUGUUAUAUGCCUAGUCAGUAAAUGAUGCAUGACUGUGGGGAUCUGUGGCAAUACUUGUGUUGUAUGCUAUGGGAACACUGUAAUUUCUAACACCAGGGACAUUGUUCAUAUUUUAAGAGGACGGAUUUUGUCCAGUACUAGUGAUGUGAAUAAUAUGAGCCUUUUUUGGUCCCAGAGUGAGAGGCCAAAUCAGUAAAGCUCAGCUUUGCUGAAGUCAAAC